UAAUGGUAAGAAAGAGAGAGGUAUAGGUAGCAGCCACUCCUCUAACCUAUCUCACCAACUCACGUCUAGAAGCAAUAAGGGUCACACUUUAGUUUGGGUCAAAAGGCUAUAAAAAUGAGGUAGAAGGGCAGGCCUUAUUGUUGGAUUGGAGCAUCAUUCAUGGGAAGGUCCCCUUGUUGCGAGAAAGCACACACAAACAAAGGUGCAUGGACCAAAGAAGAAGAUGAUCGCCUCAUAGCUUACAUUAGAGCUCACGGUGAAGGCUGCUGGCGCUCUCUCCCCAAAGCCGCCGGACUCCUCCGCUGCGGCAAGAGUUGCCGCCUCCGCUGGAUCAACUAUCUCCGCCCUGACCUCAAACGUGGCAAUUUCACCGAAGAAGAAGAUGAACUCAUCAUCAAACUCCAUAGCCUCCUUGGCAACAAGUGGUCUCUAAUAGCGGGAAGGUUACCGGGGAGAACAGACAAUGAGAUCAAGAACUACUGGAACACUCACAUAAGAAGGAAGCUUUUGAGCAGAGGAAUUGACCCUGCAACGCACCGCCCUCUCAACGACUCUUCUCAUCAUAAUCAAGUUCAAGAACCUGCACCCACCAUGUCUUUUGCUCCCAAACAAGAAGAGGAGGUGUUUCAGGAGGUUAAGGAUUCCAAGAGUCCCACAUCGGAACGCUGCCCUGACUUGAACCUUGAGCUAACUAUAAGUCCUCCUCAUCAGGCUCAAGAGGCGCUGAAGACUAGUGUUGGGAGAGGCCUUUGCUUUGCCUGUAGUUUGGGUUUGCAGAAUAGCAAAGAUUGCAGCUGUGGGGACAAUGGUAACACAAGUACUGCCACUGGUUAUGAUUUCUUGGGCUUGAAAACCACUGUUUUGGAUUACAGAAGCUGAGUUUUUCAUUUUGAGCUUCUUUCUUACUUUCUUUUAUUCUCUAAUUUGUAUAAUUAAUUAAUUAAUUAAUUAGUUGUUGAUGCAAAGGGUACAGUUGAACAUUCUUGCCUUGUCCAAUGUUUCAAUUUUCUCAUCCUUUUAUUGCUAUCAUCAUGUACUUCUUCCCCUACCCUCCUUCCGCGUUUUUUCUUAAUUUGUAAAUGUGGAUAAAGUCUAAUAUUGGUUCA